AUGUCGUCACCUGAAGCAGUGGGUGAUUCUGGUCAAGUAUUCCGGGGCCAGCUGCCUCACAGCCAGACUCCCUCGACUACUUCUGGCUGGCCGUCGAAUCAGGACGGGCCCGGUGACCACGAAGACGUGCUCUUGAUCAGGCACUAUCGCGAGGUGGUCGGCCACAUCAUGAUGCCAGCUAUAGAUCCACCACGGAAUCCAUGGCUUCAGAUAUAUUUGCCUUUGGCUCUCACAAAAUCACCAGAUCGAACUACUCUCGCCUUACGGCACGCCAUCCUUGCCGUCUCAGCUUUACACCGGGCCCAACUCGGUGGUUCCAAGCGACAGAGUCUGCUAGUCAGGGCUAAGGUCUAUGCGCUCGACGCCGCACAGUUGGCAAGUGAUUGUUUGAGUGACAGUGAUGCAAACUACUCAGAGACCCAGAAACAUGCCUUGUUGGCCUGCACAUUGUCACUAAUCUCGAGCAACGUGUUCGCAUCUGAUAGCAACAGCCAUCAAAGGCACCUCAAACUUGCACACAGCGUAUUUACUAUGACCGGCUCUAGUUGUUUCUGGAGAUCGAGCCUUCGCUCCAGCGUGCUUUAUCAAAUAUACCGGUUUUACGAGCUCGUGGCAACGACCACUCAAGGGCCCUUGGCGAGUGGACCCGAAUAUAAUGAGUGCAGGACAACCAAGUCCGCAUCUCCAGAUGAGGAUGCUGAUAAUUUCUCAAGUUUCUCCGGAUCCUCGAUGGGGUUCCAAGAUACCGAAGGAAUAGUCAUGCCAGCCCACUAUGUUCUAGAUACCUGCUUCGGUAUCAGCUUGCGGACAAUCUCAUUGCUCUAUCGAACCGUUCGUGCCGACCGACAGAUUGCUAAAUGGGAUCCGCACGUCAGCAUUGACGAACGCCUGGUUGAAGAAUUUGAAAACGUUAGAGCAGAGCUUUACAGUAUCACACUUGACCCUGAGGCGUUGUCAAGGAGCGCACUAAAUGAUAAAAUAAACUUCUACAUACCUGAUCCUGAACUGGAACUGCUCUGGUCAUUCGGGGAAGAUGCGGCUAUCCCUACAGCCGUUAGGGACGAGCUUCUCGAAAGCCACCAAUGGGCCUUCCAUUAUGCCGUCAUUCUGUUCUUCGGUCGUUGCUUUGACUCGCCACAAUUUAGGCGCUCUGAGACGGAUCCAGACAAGGGCAGACCGAGAUGGGCCAAUUUGGAAACUCCAUUUCAAGAUUACCAGAAAUUCGUCGCUUUGACCUUCGAUUCCCUUGAGACUAUUCAAUGUCUCACCCGGGGCCGAUCAAUCAGGCCUUCAAUUAUACUAUGGCCUGCCCUUGUUGCUGCUUGUGAGGCCGUGGAUGUAGAAUUGCGACAUAGAUGCCUCCAAUGGUUUCAGAAUGCUUCUGCAAAGGGAAUCAGCAACUUAUCUCGGGCAAGAUCUCUGGUCCUGGAGGUAUGGAAACGAACGGACCGUCAUCUUGACGCAGACGGAAGAAUCCCUCCCUCCAGCCGUGGGCUAGGGUUUGUUGACUGGCGCGAUGUAAUGGGCAAGCUACAAGCUCCAAUCAUGCUGACAUAG